AGUGAAAAACUCGCUGACGCUUUGUUAUAUAAUUUUUCUCUUUCUGCAAGAAGCAAACUGAAGGAUUACUCGUCAAGAAUCCACAAAAACAGUGUUUAUAUCAAGUUGGGUUUUUCUUUUUACUACUGCUAAGAAUACCCAUGCUGAUCAAAGCACGGAUGGAUCUGAAUGGCAUCAUAUUUCUCCUGGUGCUGUGCUCCCUCAACAAGCUGCUUCUGGCGGAAAACGCUGAAGACAAUUACCAGGAGCACCUGAACCAUCAUGGCAGUCAUCAGUCGACACCGCACCUCAUUGCCACAGCUCAAUAUGAAUGUUUCCAGAGGAUGAUGAAAGACUCACAGCGCAAAACAAGAGGGUCAGUCUGCAACACCACGUGGGAUGGAUGGCUGUGCUGGGAUGAAACAGAGGCUGGUUUAACCACAGAGCAGAGCUGUCCAGACUACUAUCACGAUUUUGACCCAACUGCGAUGGCAUCCAAAGUCUGCACAGAGACAGGCGAGUGGGGGCGCCACCCAGAGAGCAACAGGACGUGGACGAACUUCACAAACUGCCAAGCCGCGCCGCAUCACAGGGAUAACCCUGAUUCUGGGGCAAUGAAUCACUUCUACUUGGUUAUGAUUGGUCAUGGACUGUCGCUGGUGUCUUUGCUCGUAUCACUGGCAAUAUUCUUCCAUUUUAAGAGUCUAAGCUGCCAGAGGAUAACACUCCAUAAAAACCUCUUCAUGUCAUUUGUGCUAAACUCAGUCGUUACUGUUGUCUGGCUCACAACAGUGGUGAAGAAACAGGGACACACUUACAACGAUUCUGCGAGCUGUAAGCUCCUCAUGUUCAUCCAUCUGUAUCUGCUGAGCUGCAACUACUUCUGGAUGCUUUGUGAGGGUAUCUACCUGCACACUCUGAUUGUUGUGGCGGUUUUUGCAGAAAAACAGCAUCUCAUGUGGUAUUUUCUGCUGGGAUGGGGUUUUCCUCUGGUGCCUGCAGUGAUACAUUCAAUAGCGCGCCACUGCUACUACAACGACAAAUGCUGGGUCAGCUCAGAUACUUCUUUGCUUUACAUUAUUCAUGGUCCAAUCUGCGCCGCAUUGGUGGUGAACCUUUUUUUCCUGUUGAACAUUGUUCGGGUUCUCAUCACCAAGCUGAGAGUGACCCACCAGGCCGAGUCUAGCCUCUACAUGCGGGCUGUGAGAGCCACCCUCAUCCUCAUCCCUCUGCUGGGUAUUCAGUUUGUGUUGCUCCCCUACAAACCCCAGGACCCAAGGGUUGUUGAGAUCUAUAUGUACGUCAUGGAAAUCCUCAUGCACUACCAGGGUCUCCUAGUUUCUACAAUAUUCUGCUUCUUCAAUGGGGAGGUUCAAAGUGUUCUGCGGAGACACUGGAAUCAGCAGCGGAUGCAGUUCGCCGGCACUUUCGCCAAUGCUGACUUCUUUCGCUCAGCCUCCUACGUGGCGUCAUCGCUCACCGAGGUUCACCGCUGCUACAGCAUCGAAAGCCACACCGAGCACAUGAAUGGCAAAAGCUACUCGGACAUCUUCAGAUCAGACAGCCCUUUCGUGUGAAGGUGGUGCUUGAACUUUCGACAUUUGAGGCUCGGCAACAUCAUCUUUCACCAUCUUUAUGCUUCCUUGGAGUCCUUUUGUUUUUUUCAUCUUGAAACACAAAACAACUCUAUUUUUCUACUUUUUUCAUGAAUAUUGUCAAAAAGGAAGACCAAAGACAGUGUUUCUUCAUCAUUUACUACACACAUGAAUAUUUAGAAAGGCUGCAGACAGAUGAGGAUCACCCAUGAAUCAACCAGCCUCACUGUAUGGCGUUAACAAAAGGAAUUAAUCCUGUUGCAUCGUGUGGAUUUAACUUGAAGAUUAAAAAAAAAAAAGACACGGUUCUGUUACGAUCUUGCAAAGAGAGAAGUUGAUAUUUUUGAUCAGGCAGCAUUUAGAGGAUAUUGCUUCAGUUUAAAUGUGUUAUUACAGCGGGGGAUGUAGUGGAGGGUCAAAGCAUGAAAAUACUGUUUACCCACCUCUUAACAUCUGAAAGAACAAUUCAGAUUAUCUGUCUUGCACAAUAUUUCAGGGGCCAAAGUGGACAAGUGGCCCCAUUUGAUGCUGCAGACAUAUUUGCUUUGGAGUUAGCCUGGUAGGAAGUUCAAUAACAAAGAGGGAAGUGGUCAAAAUUCAGACAAAGUCACAAAAAGUGCUCUUUGGCAGUUGGUUUAUUUCUGCUUAGAGAGCCUUUAAUGCUUUCAUGUUAAUUAAAAUAACCCAGAAUCAUGAUUUCUAUGGUUAGCAGAGGCUACCAGCAUACUGAUCUGGGCAUUUAAAAUGUA